AUGGACAAGGCGACUGUACUUUGCGAGGCGAUCGAUUACGUGAAGCGACUUCAAGAGCGAGUGAGAGAGCUGGAGAAUAGUGAAGAGAAGAGGAAAAGAAGAGGAGGAGGAGGAGGAAGAGUGAGGAAAGAGAAAACCUCAACGGAGAAGUGUUGGUGUUGCAGAGCCCAGGAAGCGGUUGAGGUUCCAGAAAUGGAAGUGAGGGUUCUGGAGAAUGAAGUUCUGGUUCGGGUUCAGUGCGAGGGCCGACGAGAUAUGAUGCGGAAGACGGUGGAGCUCCUUGAACACGUUCAUCUCCCUGUCUCAUGCUGUAACUCUCUGGCUUUUGGAAACUCUGCUUUGAGCAUCACCAUGGUCGCUCAGAUGAAGGACCAAUACAAGAUGAAGGUGAAUGAUUUAAUCAAGUAUUUGAGGCAACAUCUGUUCAAAUCCCAGGAUGUUCGGUAG